AUGGCAAUGGAGGCGGAAGCGGAGCCCGUCGUCGACGACGGCUGGGAGCAGGUCAAGGAGAACGCGCAGCCGCUCCGCCGCGGUCGGAAGGCCAAGGCGCUGGGCGAGAUCGCGGUGGCCGACCGAGCCGCCUCCGACGCGCGCGAGGCGCGGCGCCAGCAGUGGGUCGAGGCGCUCAGGCGGGCAGCCGACGGGGCGGACCCGCUGGCGACGUGGGUCGGCUACAUCCGGUGGACGCAGGAGGCGUACCCGACCGGCGGCAAGGAGGCCGGGCUGAUGCAGCUGCUCGAGGACUGCGCGUACGGCCUCAAGGACGACUCACGCUACACCGACGACGCGCGGUACCUGCGCGUGUGGAUCCAGUACGCCGACUGCGUGCGCGACCCGGAGCAGAUCUUCGACUACCUGUACGACCGGCACAUCGGCCAGAAAUUCGCCCUCUUCUGGGAGGCCUGGGCCUCCGUCCUCGAGACGAAGCGCAAGUACCCCGCCGCCGACAAGGCGUAUGAGCGCGGCCUGCUGCUCAAGGCGGCGCCGCUCGACCGGCUGCAGCGCGCGCACCUCAAGUUCCAGCACCGGCAGGGCGACGAGGAGGGCGCGAGCCGCGCGGGCGCGUGGGAGGCGGGCACGAUGACGCAGCAGGCGAAGGAGAACAGCGCGGCGGCGACGGCGUGGGACGGGGGCUCGGAGGCGCUCGGCUACGCCCCCGAGCUGCUGCUGCACUCCGGCGAGGAGGUCUGCUUCGAGGAGGUGAGGGAGCGGGACGCGGAUGGCCUGACAGUGCGGCUCGCCUCGGCGCCCACCGACGACGGGCUGACCAUCAACACCAAGGCUGCACUCGAGAUGCUGAUGCCGUCCUUCCGCGACGACGACGACGAGCCGGAGCAGGACCUCCAAGAGCCGCCGGCGCGAGCGCUCUACAGCACCUCCCUCUACAGCACCUCCUCUCGUGGCCAGGGCGGGAUGAAGCCGGCCGGGAUGAUGACUCCACUCCCGCACACGAGCGGCGCGCCGCUCGCCCCGCGCUCGUCGGCCGCGGCGUCGGGCCACCCACUCGCCGCUCCUCCGCCCUCAGCAGUGCCCGCCGCUGCGCCACCCCGCGACCUGAUGGGCGAGGACAUGCCGGCCGACACUAAGGCAGCCCUCGCCAAGCUAGACGACGGCCUGCUCAACGGGCAGGGCGCGCCCGACGCCACCGAGGACAUGACCAUUAACACCGCUGCCGCCAUCGCCUCGUUUGACGACGCCGAGAACUCGGUCGCGCCUGCAUGGGGGGGCAGCGCCCGGAAAGCCUUCGCCUUUGAGGUGCAUCCCGGCGUGUACCACGACGGCAGCAGCGAGCCUCCGCCCGAGGAGGACAUCACGUUUCAGCGCUCGGCCGCCAUCGCCGCCUUCACCGACGCCGAGAACGAUGCCGGCGCCGAGGCGGUUGCGCGCGCGGUCGCUGCGCGUGAAGCUGCGCUCGCCGCAACGGCAGCUGUGUCGGGCCGGAUCGUCGUCUCUAGCCGCCUCCCCGACGGGGCCCCGCCCCCUCCGCCUCUAGCGGCGAGCAGCGGAGCGCGAGCACCACCCGACGCUUCCCCGACCCUUCGCCUCCGACAGCUGCAGGGCGGAGGGCUGCCAGGCGAGCUUGACGGCGAGGGCGGGUCGUUCCUCCUGGGGUGA